AUGAACCGCCGUACAGUCGUGUACCUCGACGAGAGCUUUAUUCACCACUAUUACAACAAAAGCGACAUCUCCUUGUACGACCUCUCCGACGAGUUGGAGAUCCAAUCCAAACCAAAACACAAGGGGCGGAGGUUCUGUUUCAUUGCUGCAAUUGUGGAUGGUGGGCCGUCGAAUUCUGUUGUCCUCGCCUACGAAAAGUUCGUUCAUGGAAAGCAAACCAAGGAUUAUCACGGGAUGUUUGAUCACCAGUACUUCGCUGCUUGGUUCGAUCGGUUGUUGGACGCGUUGGACGUGGCUGGAAUCACAAAAACAAUUGAUGUUAUGGGCAAUGCCAAAUACCACAAGAGCGUACCUGAUGACACACCAAGGUUUUCGUGGCGCAAGGCCGACUUGUUGGAUGUUUGUGUCGCAUUGGGGAUCGAACACAAUCCAGGGGACCUAAAGGUGCGUUUGGACGCAGCGUUUGAGGCGGUGACCUCGGCAAUGGAGUUCGGCUGCAUCAAGAUGUCCUAG